AUGGAUCCAAUAACCACAAUUGUAGUAAUAAUUCGCCACCCAUUAGUGAUGUUUAUGCUGAAAAAUAGUCUUCGUAAUCAAGAGCUUAUAUAUUAUAAUUAUGGAUCUCAAGCAAGGAAACGACAUAAAAAUAAACCCUAUGACCAAACUUCAGGUUCUGGCACAAAAGCUGAUGAUGGAGAGGAAAGACCACAAAAGAAAAAUCAAUGUUAA